AUGAAGGACAUACUGAGGAAGAGUAGCACAUUAGAGUGGAAGGAGGAGCAGGAGAAGGCGAGCUCAGAAGAAAAGAAAGGAAAGAUGGAGGCCAGUGGAGACGCAAAGCCCAGAGACCUGAUGGAUCAGGACACAUUCUGGAGCAACUUUGCAAAUAAAGAGAGAAAGACCUACCUGUGCUAUGAGGUGGAGCUCCUGGAUGGCAACUCCUGGGUCCUGCUAGAGGAGGGCAGGGGCUUCCUCCACAAUCAGCUGGACCCAGCGAAGCGCUACAGGGUCACCUGGCUCCUGUCCUGGAGCCCCUGCACUGACUGUGCCAGGGAUCUGGUCACCUUCCUGCAGCACAACAGCCACGUGAGCCUCCGCAUCUUCACAGCCCGCAUCUACACCUACCUCAAAGGAUAUGAGGAGGGACUGCGCUCACUGCAGGGGGCUGGCGCCCACCUGGCCAUCAUGACCUCCACGGAGUUUGAGCACUGCUGGGGAACCUUUGUGCACAACCAGGGGACGCCCUUUGAGCCCUGGAAUGGCCUGGAUGAAAACAGUCAGGAGGAAUCAAUGAAGCUGCAGAGAAUUCUCCAGAAUGAAGACAACUGA